GCAGAAGUGUAUAAUGGCUUAGCAGAUGCAGUCAUAAAUAAUGACCACACACAUGAGCUUUCACAAGUUGGCAGGCAUGUUAUUCUGCCUUCCUUCUUUGUCUCCAGUGGUUGCUUUAUGUACCAGCUAUACCAGGACUCCAUGGCUAUUGUUCACUGGGCUGGAUGCCCUGACAUCUUCUUGAUGCUCACUGCAAAUCCAAAAUGGCAUGAAAUUGUUGAGAACCUCCUUCCUGGCCAGAUAGCUGUCAGGGUAACACCUGCAAAUACUACCACUAGGCCAAAAGAGCCUCAAUAUCAUGGUUAA